AGAACCAAAAUUGGUCAAAAAGAAAUUUAAGAUACUAUUUUAUACCUAUAUCCUAAUAGGAGAGGGAUCAUGUGGAUUUUUUCGAUCAAAAUCCCUAAACCUACCCAAAGAAAAAAAAAUUAACUGCGAAAUCAUCAUAAACAAGAUGCAACUAAAUUCCAUCGAUCAAAUCAUUGUUCAAUAAAGGAGAAGUGAAUAUGAAUCAAGGUUCACCAAUAUAAUCGGCACCUCUGAUUUCGUCAACUCACCAAGUCCAGUUUACAGCUUAAUUUCAUAGCGGAUCAAAUCAACAGCAACUACGAUGAACAAGAGUACUCACUCAUGGCCUGCAGUUUGCCUAAAGAUGCAAUGGUGCAGAUACUCUUAAGACUUCCUGUUAAGUCGCUGCUCCGCUUUAGGUCUGUCUGCAAAUCAUGGUACAAUUUCCUCAAGAGCCCUCAUUUCAUUAAGUUGCACCUCACCCAUCAAAUUGCUUACAACAGAGAGAACUAUGGCUGCUUCCCUGACCUCUCUUUGCUCCAUCUUCAUCAAAUAUAUUUUAGUAACCCAUUGCCUUUACCUUUUGCUAUUGAGGCUAAGGACUAUGCAAAUUUUGAGUUUUACUACAAUGGUUUAAUAUGUUUGAUGAAGGAUAUCUAUAUGUCACCAGAAGUUAUCCUGUGGAAUCCUGCUACUCGGAAGUACAGGUGCAUCAAUGUACCUUCUGAGUGCUCCAGAUUUACGUAUCUAAAACUCGGUUAUGUUCAACAAAGCAAUGACUAUAAACUUUUGAAAGUCCCUUUUGAACCACGGAGUAAUGAUGAAGCGUCCAAAAUGGCUUGGGUCUAUACCCUGAGUUCAGGUUCAUGGAAAACUGUACCGUUCACCCUUCUUAGCCUAACUGUUGCAUGGGGACCUCAGAUUUCGCUGAACGGUUUUGUGUAUUGGCUGGCUACUUCAGCGGUGGAAUGUAUUAUCUGCUUUGAUUUGAUUAAGGACGAAUUCAAACUUGUAGACAUUCCUGAUGAUCGUGGAAUUGAACGUGAACAUGUUCAAAGAAGGCUUAUGGUUUUAAGGGGAUCUCUUGCCAUGAUGGUCUCCGUUGAGGAUGGUUCUAGGGAUACUGAGUUAUGGGUACUGAUGAAUAAAAGUGGCGUUAAACAAUACUCUUGGACUAAGAAAUUCAUUAUAGAACCUUUCUCCAAAGAGGCAAUCCCUUUGGGAAUCUGGAAUGAUGAUAAGCUUCUCGUUGUAGUUUUACAAACUCGUGCUCUCAAGCAAGUCUACACUUAUGAUCUGGUUACAAAAAAGAUAGACUAUUUUCAUGUGCCAAAGGAAGAAGAGUUUGAUUCGUUUAUGUCAGUGCGUGGGCGCUAUUUCGAGAGCUUGGAACUUGAAGAUCGAUAUGGGAAAUACUGAUCAAACAUGGAUAUGGGAGAUACUGAAACAAGUUUGUGUCUACUAUUAUACUAUAUUAAUAAUUUCCAAUUUUUCUAUUUCCUUUGGAUAGAGCAAGGGUGCUACAAAGUACUGAUUUAUGUUCCAUUUUAUUGUUUACUUUGAUUUAUUUUCUCCAUCUUUGAUUAAUUCAAAUGUAGAUCCCACAACACCUUAUAAAUAAGGCCUUCACAUCUACUAAAAUUGGAGGGAAAAAAGCAUUUCA